AUGCAUGAGGCGGCGCCCAUUCGCUGGACAAGCAAGAGUCAAGCCUCGCUACAGGGCCAAACCUCCGUCGUCGAAGCUGCAUCGAGUCUAGACGUGCAAGCCGCGUGCCCGACAUGAUCGACAUCUCGUUGCCCGGCGUCGAAUUGGCCGCCUUCCCUUCCAUCCUCAUCGUUGACCGACACACAGCAUGACCCAGCACCCUUGCGCGCCUCGGCCUCUGCGUUCGCGUGCAAGGUGACAACGUCGAGAGUGGUGCAGCUCCCAACGCCGCCCCAUCAAGUCUCCGCCGCUGGAUUCGCUCGUACCACUGAGGAGCCGCUGAAGGCUUCGGCGCGGCACAUUGAGCCAGCCCUAAUUGAUUUAGAGACAUCGAAGGUUGAUAGUGGCAGCCAUGGAGCACGCCUACAGUCCUGCGCCGCCGUCUCCCCGACUGCCUCCACCACCGCCCUCACCGCAUCCCGCCCACCUCCAGGCUCCGCAGAUAUCUCCCCGGCGCUUCGCUGUGCAACCUCCCCUCCUCAACACCACCCUCGCCCCGCCCCAUCACUCCCCCCACUCGUACCUGCAUGGCUCGUCGUCCACGCCGGGGACUUCCUCAUCUCUGAGCCUGCCCUUCACGCCUUCCCCGACGCCCUCGACGUAUGCGCCUUCUCCCAGCGCGGCUGCUUCUCCCAUGGCUAUGAGGGGCUCGGGUCCAGCCGUGCCAUACAAUCCCCAGCAAUGGACGCGGGGUGGGAAUGUCAGCGGGCAGCAUGUCCAGCACAGCCAGACGUCGGUCCCUACGAGGCUCCAGGACGUGACGGGCAUGGAAGCGUCGAUGCCCUCCCCACCGCCCCCAUACUCUCCCGGCCAGAAUCCGAAUGUAUCGCAGUCUCUUAGCAGCCAUAGCAAUACCUCGUCGCCUCAGAUGUCUGCCGGCGCGUUUCCUCAUCCUCCACCUCCCCCACCGCCGAAUAGCACCCCGUCGUCGGCACGACCCAUCUCUGGGUAUCACAGCCGACCAGGAUCUAUGGUCAUACCUUCUAGCGCGACGAGUAUAACAUCGAAUCCGCAAUUCCCACCUCCGCCACCCAGGAACGGACCUGGCCGGUCGGCAUCGCGCGACAAACUGGCUUCCAAGUUUAGUCUAUCGUCGUUUAGGAAUCGAAACAAUGACCAUAGCCCUGCUCCGAGCAACAUCGACUCACUCCAUAUCAGCACGUCAGAUGCGAUCCAGCGAGCACCAGCUUCUCCUGGGUUGGUCGCACAGAGGGCAACUUCCAAUUACAUUGCAAAUACAUUAGAACGGCGGUACAGCCCCGACACACAGUCGCCUAUCCGGGCACCAACCUCUCGCAGAGCUGCAUCUGCUGGCGUGCCAGGCUACGAGACCCGGACGCCUAUUGACGAGUCGCCCAUAGUCCCACCAGGAGGGAGCUGGAGUCGAAAUGCGCCAUUACCUCCGCCUCCGCCGGGCCCGCCGCCCAGCAGCUCAAGAUCGCAAAGUAUGGGCCCCGGGACAGAACCGCCAGCAAAUCGAGCGCCUACGUUACCCUCCGCACCUCCAACGAGGAGGCCGGGGCAAACAACGCUGACACCGAUACCACCUACACCCCAGGGCUGGCAGGACGAACCGGCGAAUGUACGAUCAAGGUCACCCGCAGCACAUGGCCUACACAUCGAUACAAGUCCUCGCGCUGUUCAUCUAUCAGAUCCUGCGCCAACGUCAGAGAGCGGGAGCGUUUCGAUAUCGUCGGGGCCAACGACAACUACUUCAGGUUCUAGCAGCACUCUCUACCGCACGAACAAACGGGAGACGAGUACCAGAGGCAUCCGUGAGCGAAGGAGCGAGAGUCGUGCUGCUCGAGAGCUACGGAUCGAGCCGAGCAACAAUCCUUGGGCGCAAGAUUUGGAAGCAGAGUCGGCAAAGCCUGCCAACCUCGAUUUGGGAACACCUGAAGGAGGCUUGACGCGUCGAGGCGCCAUCACCAAAGGUACGCCGAGAAGCGGUGGCGCCCUACGAUCGCCCAGAAGCGGGCAUCUCUUUGAAGACCCUGGGUCGUCACAUUCCACACCUAGGAUGGACGUGAACGGAAAGGCUGCAUCUUUGUCCGUCGCAACGCCACCUUUCUCGCCAGGUAUGGAACAUCUCAGUCGUUCAGCACAAAAAGCACCCGUCUCUAUCCCCUCGAAAGCGCUACCCACUCCACCACUACGUAUCUAUGGUGAUGAAGGAGGAGCAGGCCUGACGCGACACUCAGAAGCUGCAAACGAAUCGGCUACGCAAACACCCAACGCAUCGAAGAUGGGCAUACAAAACUCAACGCUGAGCACACCGAAGCCCGCAAACGCCCACGCUUUUGCGAAUGCCUCCAUGGAGCGACAUCGACAGUUCAUUGAAAAAGAAAUGGCUGCGGAAACGGACCAAGACAGGCUGGAGUUGUUUGCCGAGUUCAUUGUCACCGAGUCGCGACUCCGCCGUGAUCGGUACUCCGGAGCUUUCGACGCAAUGGCUGGGGACAUUAUGGAUCUUACAAGAGAUUUGUGGCGCUCGUACGGCAAUUCUGGGCGUAGAUCAGCUACUCCAAAUACCCAGGCCACGCCCGUAGGCCAUAGCAGCAGGAGAUCCCAAGGUUCUGUGGCUGGUGAAUCCCCGGACACACGUUUCUCCUCGAUGCCAACGACAGCUGCUAGCCCGGCAUCCUCCAUUGGCAACUUCACUCCGCAUACCGAACCGGCCUCUCCUUCAAGCGCAUCUAGCCAGAAGGCUCGCGAUGCUUCAUGGGCAAACAACUACCACCCCUCGCUCUCGCCCAUUCCAAGUAUGGCUAUGAGUACCAUUCCUGAUGAGCAAGAUUCGCGGGGACGCUCAGCAAGUCGCUGGUGGGAGAGCGACGGCGGCUCAUCUGGGGUUGGUGGUGGUAGAAGGGUGGAGCGGAGUAAACGGGAAUCUAAGUACAUGAGCUUAUUACCGAAGGAGGCUCUCGAGAACCAACAGUGGGCGGGUGAAGACCUAUCCACUCCAAGGCAACGAGGUGAAUCCAGCAGUCGACCAGCGUAUGGAGCCAACGAAUAUCCACCUGAGAAGGUCGGGCUACAUGAAGACAGUCUGCAGCCAUCGCAGCAGCAGCCGUACGGUUACUACCCCAGAUCUGCUACGGCGACGCCCGAUCCACAUAAGCUGGAUGUAUCGCGACUCGUCACCCUCCCGCCCUCGUACCCACGUCAUCACCCUGCAGUCAAUAAUAGCCAUCCCGAUUUGGCAACCAUUCGGAGUAGCCUCCGAACUCUAUCUGAACUCGACGACGUAAAGAGUACGAAGGCGAAGUUCAAGACGAAGAUUGAAGCGCGGAAAGAGCAAGAAAAUGCGUCGCUGUCCGACAGAAGAGCCCAACUCCGAUACAAUAUCCAGGACAAUGUUCGGAAUGGAGUCAUGUCUUUUGCGGAGGCGGCGAAAGCAGAGGCAGAUUUCGAAGCAAGAGAGCAUCAAAGAGCUCAGGACGUAGUCCAAUGGGUGUUCGACAGCUUUCAGGCUGAAGUUGCCAACCCACUGCACGCCAUGUUCUGCGAGCGCAUCACCAAGGCCACGGCAUCUAUGGAGCACCUCAAAGGGCGUUUGAGCAGCGAGGCGCAGGAGCCCAAUCCGAACCAGAUGCAGGAAGAGGGCGACGAGAAACCAGAACUGUUGGAGAUGCUUACCCUGCAUAAAUGGCUCUUUGAGGCCCGAGAGCAGCUGCACAAAGAGAUGUUUGACCUGGAAGACGAGCGCAACGAUCUUUACAGGGACAUUAUCGUCUUGCCGUACGUCCAGACUAAGAACGAACAGAAGGUGAAGGAAGCCACGACCUUCUUUCAGCGCGAUGGCCAGGAUCGCAAAGUCACCUUCGAGAAGGAGACACUGACGCGCUACGAAGACCUAAUGAACGUCAUCGAGCAAAAUGUAACUCGAGGCGUCGAAGCGCAGCUGUCAGCUUUCUGGGACAUUGCGCCUGGACUACUGGAAAUCGUACAGCAAGUUCCCCGCAAUCUGCAUGGUUUCGGAGUUCUGGUCCCGCCGCAAGAGUAUGCGGAAACACCAGCAUACCACGACUACCCUCUGCAGUAUCUGUAUACUCUGUUGGCUCAUGCUGGUCGUUCGGCGUAUCAAUUUAUUGAGUCGCAGAUCAACCUGCUCUGCCUACUGCACGAGGUCAAGACUGGAGUCAUGACCGCAGGCUCCCGACUUCUCGAGACACAACGGCUCUUGGAGGGCGAGGAUCUGACGGGCGUAAACCAAGAGAUGAAGGCCAUUAGAGCAGACGAGGAGCGGCGACUGACGGACGACCUCAAAGAAAAGGUUGGUCUCGUCGAAAGCCAGUGGAACGAGGCACUUGGGCAGGGUCUCGAAGACUGCAAAGCACGUGUAGAAGAUCACCUGACCGAGCAAGGUGGGUGGGAUGAUACUCUGAAAGAAUAGUAGGAGUAUUUGUUGAUGACGAUGACGUGGUUGGCACUUUUAGCAUUUUCGCACCGUAUCGAUACCCGUUUGAAUAUCUACUCAAUAUACCAUCUCGUAGGUUAUCGAAUCUGGCAUGGAUACGCCUUGGAGGCGUGAUUGCGCUUACCUCUGAAGACGGUUGUUUAGCUUGCAGUGCUUGUGCAUGUAUGUCGUGCGUCGUCUUACGGAGAUGCACCUUGCCCCAGGAUAGCUGGUCAGCGGCGGGGCCAAACCUAGCUUCGACGUGCACUUGAUAACUUGCUCUGUUCUGCUGUUCGAGUAUUACAUCAAAAUGGUAUAGUCCUGCACAGUGCUUACAGUGACGCAUG